AACCAAAAACCUAAUCUCUUCUCACUCUCAUGAGCUCUCUCUCUCUAUUACCGUCCCUUUUCUUAAAGCUUUCGAACCUAGACUAAAAACCAAAUAAAUCCAUCAAAUUAGUGAAUCAACGAUCUUCAUGGCUGAGCCCAAAGAGUGGAUACCUCGAUUGGAAAGCGCAGGCAAAAAGAUCCCAGACUAUGACAACCCUGAUUAUUUUUCAAUCAAGGUAUAUUAUGGGGGCUAUAUAGAUCAUAUUUCAGGCACGUACAUUGGAGGGAGCAUCAGUUACUAUGAUAAUGUUGACAAAGACAAAAUGUCGUUGACUGAAGUGGAUGGCAUGGUGAGGGGUAUCAACUGUGCGUAUGGAGGGCAAAUGAUAGACUACUGGUAUUCGAUUGGUGGAGAGGAUAACCAAAAGACAAAGCUGAAUAAUGACAGUGAUACAAUCACUAUGUGCUGCCGUGUGCCUGAAAUAAGGCUGGAUGGUAAAAGGUAUAAGAGGUUGGCAAAUAAGAAGUGGUUGCCUGGUGUGAAGAUUAGUGAGCCUCAAGAAAGUGUAUUAACUCAAGCUAGCAGGGCUCCAAACAUAAAUCCUACUGAUAAGGGAAAGGGGAAAUUAAAGGUUGAGUUGUCUAAAAGUGACAAUGAUAGUGAUGCAGGUUUAAGAGUGCAAGAUGAUGAUGUUAGUUUGUUGGCAUAUGAAGAUAGGUUUGUUGAAGAAGAUGAGGAUGAUGAAUGUGGAGGUGAUGCUAAUGAGGAUAGUGAAGAUGAUGACUAUGAUCCUGCCAAAGAUGAUGAUGAUUUAACAAAAGCUGAGAUUGGGGAAAAGAAUGAAGAUGGAGGUUCAUCUGCUGCUGCAGCCGUCAGUAGCACUCUUACUGUUGAAGGAACUAAGGUUGAAGACAGUGAGGCUAUGUAUGAGGCUGUAGAUUCUAAUGAGGAGGUAAUUGGUCAUGAGUUAAAUUCUGAUGACGAUGGAGAAGGCCAUCAAUGA